AUGGUGCGAGCUUUAGGCAGGUCGGCAUCGCCGCAUGGCGCCGCGAAGCCUUCAUCAAGUACCAGCAUUCUUCCGCUAAUCACCGCCGGCCACGUGUCCUCCAUCUGGCACGACAUCGUUCUCAUUCCGCCUGCCCCCGUUGCGCCUAGCCGAGCGGUCAACAAAUGCGCCAAACUCCUCCCCUCUUUCUCAUUCGUCGAAAGGCGUCCCGCGGGCGGCGCAGCGGUUCCGGGGGAGCGCGGGGAUUCCAGAGCGGGUUCCGCGGAGGACGGGGAGAAGCAGGCGGAGCAGCAACCCGAAGCGGAGGAAUGCAUUUGGGAAGCUAAGAGCACGUGGAAGAAUCGAAAAGCCAAGGGACGGAUUGAUCCCGCCGCGCAGAGAGCGGCGCAAGCGGCGGCGGAAGCGGUGAAAGCGGCGGCGGAAGCGGCGGAAGCAGCGGCGCAGGCGGCGGCAGAGGCGGCGGCGGAAGCAGCUGCGGAAGCGGAACGAACGAUUCGCUACGCGCACCGCACGUGGCGAAUUCUCUGCCACUCGCUGCGCCGGCCCGUGCUGCGGCGCAUUGCGCAUGUACCGGAGAGCCAUGGGCGAGAGCGCGCGGAGGCGGCAGAAGCGGCUGAGGAGGGACAGGAGGAGGAGAAGCAGGAGCGGAAGUCACCCAAGGGGCACGAGGGAGGAGGUAUGAGCAGCAGCAGCUGCAGCAGCAAGGGCGCGCCUGUUGCUGCUUCUGCUGCGUUCUCGGCUGCGUUUAAGUCUGCUCACGACUGGCCUCGCAAGCACGCUCACGCUCAACCGCACGCGCUCACGCUCGCGCACCCACGGCCAUUGUCAGUGUCUUUCGCUGCUGCUGCUGCUGGCGAGUCCCCGCGGGAGCGCACUCACUCACUCUCACGGCCGUCUUCAGCAUCUCUCGCUGCUGCUACUGCUGCUGGUGCCGCUGCCGCUGCUGCUGCUGGUACUGCUGGCGAUCCGUCUGCUGGUCAGGGGAUUCUUAUUGCUGCCCGGGAUGCUGUGGAGGGGGCUAAGGGCGUGGCUGACAAGGUAGCAGGCGUUGCUGCGAAACGCAUUGCUGUAGCGGGAGCUGUAGCGGGGACUGUAGCGGGGACGGUGGCGGGGACAGUGGCAGGGACUGUAGCGGGGACGGCAGAGCACGUGGCUGGGAACGUAGCAGGGGCGGCAGGGGUGGUGGUGGGGAGAGUGACUGGCGCUGCAGGUGUGGUGGGAGGUUCGGUGACCGGGGCUGCUGGUAAGGUAGCUGGGGCUGUAGCGGGGACAGCAGAGCACGUGGCUGGGAAUGUAGCAGGGGCAGCAGGAGUGGUGGUGGGGAGAGUGACUGGCGCUGCUGGCGUGGUGGGAGGUUCGGUAACCGGGGCUGCUGGUAAGGUAGCUGGGGCUGCAGGCACGGUAGCAGGUACAGUAGCUGGAGCUGCAGGUACGGUAGCGGGUACGGUAGCUGGGGCUGCAGGUACGGUAGCAGGUACGGUAGCCGGAGCUGCAGGUUCGGUAGCAGGUACGGUGGCGAGUCUACCCAGGGACGCGGUGGGGGUUGUGUCUCGCAGAGUGCGGAAUAUAGGCGCGGGGGGGAAGGCGAUGAGUGCAAGGGUGCGCAAGGGUGCAGAGGCUCGAAUCGAGGCAGCUCAGAGCACGGUUAAAUCCAGGGGGUUUGAGAAUGGUUCGGAGGGUGGGAGUGCGGCAGUAGAGCCGUUAGAAAUGGCGGAUGAAGACGGAUCGGAGGGUGGGAGAGUUCAAGGGAUGCGAGAAACAGAGGCAAGUUCAGGCGCAGACGCGAGCCCUGGUGCGGAGGCGAGUUCUGGUGCAGAGGCAGCUUUUGGAGCAGAGGCGAGUUUUGGAGCGGUUCAAAGUGGUGUGGAGGAGUCUAGCAGUGUGAGAUUACGGAUAGGAGGAUCAGGCGCGCAUUCCGAUCUGGAGGCGUCUCAGCAGAGUGAGGGUGGAGCGAGCAGUGACUCGUCAGAAAGAGAGGUGGAGUGCAAGAGUGGGGGGGUUCAGAACGGUGCGGAGGAGUCUACGAGUGUGAGAAUGCGACGAGAAGGCUCUGGGGCGCAUUCUAAUUUGGAUGCGUCUCAGCGGAUUGAGGGUGCAGCGAUCAGUGACUCGCCUUUAAGCGAGGUGGAGAGCGAGAAUGCAGGAGUGCAGAGCGGUGCAGCGGAGUCUACGAGUGUGCGAGUGUGGAGAGGAGGCUCAGGGGCGCAUUCUAGUCUGGAUACGUCUCAGCGGAGUGGGGGUGCUUUGAGAAAUGACUCGCGUUUAUGCGGGUUGGAGAGCACGAGUGCGGGAGUGCAGAACGGUGCAGAGGAGUGUAGCAGUGUGAGAGUGGGGCGAGGAGGCUCAGGGGCGCAUUCAGAUUGGGAGGCGUCUCAGCGGAGUGAGGGUGCAGCGAGUAAUGACUCGCCUGAAAGCGAGUUGGGGAGCAGGAGUACGGGAGUGCAGAGCGGUGUGGAGGGGUCUACAAGUGUGAGAGUGCGACGAGAAGGCUCAGGGGCACGUUCAGAUCUGGAGGCGUCUCAGCGGCGUGAGGGUGCAGCGACAGUUGAGUUUUGUGAAAGCGAAGUGGAGAGCAAAAGUGGGGGAGUGCAGAGCGGUGCAGAGGCAUAUUCUGAGGCACCUGGUAUUGAGCUCUAG